AUGCAGGAAUCUCCAGGGGCUAUGGGUGUAGAUGGCAGUUACACCAGCAAUGUUCCAGCUUUUCUCACCAAACUGUGGACUCUUGUGGAGGAUCCAGACACCAACCACCUUAUCUGUUGGAGUGCUACUGGAACCAGUUUCCAUGUGUUUGACCAGGGUCGAUUUGCCAAGGAAGUUUUACCGAAGUACUUCAAACACAAUAAUAUGGCAAGCUUUGUCCGGCAGCUCAACAUGUAUGGCUUUCGUAAAGUUGUAAAUAUUGAGCAAAGUGGUCUGGUCAAGCCCGAGAGAGAUGAUACAGAGUUCCAACAUUUGUACUUCCUCCAAGGGCAUGAACAUAUGCUGGAACACAUCAAGAGGAAGGUAUCAAUAGUGAAGAGCGAAGAGACCAAAGUUCGUCAAGAGGACCUCAGUAAACUACUGUAUGAAGUUCAGUUACUAAGAACACAACAGGACAACAUGGAGUGUCAGAUGCAGGACAUGAAGCAGCAGAAUGAGGUUCUGUGGAGGGAAGUGGUCUCACUCAGACAAAAUCACUCGCAGCAACAGAAGGUCAUGAACAAGCUAAUUCAGUUUCUGUUCAGCCAGAUGCAGUCCAAAACACCCGGCACUGUAAGCUUGAAGAGAAAGCUGCCAUUAAUGUUGGAUGAUGGAUCUGUUAGCCCACCUGCCACCAAGUUCAGCCAUAAUAACCCGAUGGAACCAAUGCAGGAACCGUUCUACAUCCAAUCGCCAUCUAGUGAUGUUGCUUCGUGUUCUACAACUGGGCUAACAAGUGGACCGAUCAUAUCAGAUGUAACAGACAUGUCCCAAGCCAACAUGUCUCUACAGAUGCAGUCUGAUGAGACCAGAGAAAAGUGCCUGAUGCUAAUCAAAGAAGAGCCUGUGAGCCCAGGAGUGAGAGGAGUGAAAGGAGGCAGUGUUGGUGGAGUAGACACACUAGCAUUGACCUCCUCCUGUGAGGUCUGCCCCUCAGAACCUCCCGUCCUUCCUGUUGCAAUGGUGCAGUCUGUCUUGGAGGGAAGAGUUCCAACUUCAUCUAUGACAGAGAGGAAGACUAAGAGAGCUGCUAUAGAAAGGUAAGAGCUUUCAGUGGAUUGUGCUACUGAUGCAGUGGAAAAUAUGGACAUGAGCCUGGAGGAGUUGCAGCAGCUCAUACUCAGGAGCCAUCCGCAGAGUAAUAUGGAUCCAGGGACCAGUUCUGUUAUUGAUCCCUUCAGUGUUAACCUUCCUCUGCCUGAAUGGAGCUUUAAUGAGAUGGAGUCCAACCUUAAAUCAUAUGUGUUCCAAAACCAUGAACCUGAGGCUUUUCCAGCAUCUGCUUGUGAAAAACAGUGA